CUUACCUUAACAAGGACUAUGGUCAGCUUCUUAAAAUUUAAUUGAAAAGAACAACGUAUAUGUGGCUUCCCUAAAAUCUUACAUCAGUGAUGGGAUUGCGAGCUUGUGGUUUCGUUAUUUUCCGACGAAUUCAGGGAAACAUUGAAUAUUUGUUAAUGCAAGCAUCCUAUAGUGAUCACCAUUGGACACCUCCGAAAGGACAUGUUGAUCCUGGAGAGUCGGAUAUGGAAACUGCUCUACGUGAGACCGAAGAAGAAGCAGGGUUCAGUAAGAAUGAUCUUAGAAUUUAUGAAGAUGCAAAGCAGGAACAAAAGUAUGAAGUUAAAGGAAAUCUGAAGACUGUAAUCUAUUGGUUAGCUGAACUUAUUGAUACAAAGAAACCUGUUACUUUAUCCAGCGAGCAUCAGGAUUUCAAGUGGUUAACACUGGAGCCAGCAUGUGAAUUGGCUAAAUUUCCUGAAAUGAGAGUUACUUUAAAUUUCUUUGAUAAGUAUAUCAAUGAGCAUUUAUAAAAAUGUAAAUAAUGUUGAACGGUUGAAUUUCUAUCUUGAGUUCUAACUUUCACUAAAAUUAUUAAAUCGAAUAAUUUUUACAAA